CCCAACUCCUCAAGUGGUCUUUUCAUUCACACAUCUCUCAUUAAUCACCCUUGUAUAGUAGCCCCAUUACUAUAUAAAUUCUAUACAUCAUAUUUUAACUUCAUAACACAACCACCAGCACCACAAGAAAAAAAAAAAACUUGUCUUCUAUUCAAAAGACCAAAAAUGUUAUAUAUGGCUCGAAAAGCUGUGAUAAUCUCAGUAGUUGUUUCCUUUCUUAUGAAGAAUACAAAGGCAUCAACAACCACUGGAAACUUCAGCCAAGAAUUCGACAUCACAUGGGGAGAUGGACGAGGGAAGAUCUUGGAUAACGGUCAACUACUCACGUUAUCACUAGAUAAGACUUCUGGAUCAGGGUUUCAGUCCAAGAACCAAUCUUUGUUUGGAAAUAUCGAUAUGCAGAUGAAACUCGUUCCUGGCAAUUCUGCUGGCACUGUCACUUCAUUUUAUUUGUCUUCUCUCGGGUCAACUCAUGACGAGAUUGAUUUUGAAUUUCUUGGUAACCUUAGUGGAGAUUCUUAUAUUCUUCAUACCAAUGUUUUCGUUCAAGGCACAGGCAAUAGAGAGCAACAAUUUUAUCUUUGGUUUGACCCCACUAUGGAUUUUCACACGUACUCUAUCUUAUGGAACCCUGAAAACAUCAUAUGGUUUGUUGAUGGAACUCCCAUAAGACAAUUCAAGAAUUUGGAAACGUACAAUAUUACUUUCCCUAAUAAACAACCGAUGUGGAUCUUCUCGAGUCUUUGGGACGCUGAGGAUUGGGCAACGAGAGGUGGUCUUGUGAAGACAGAUUGGACCCAAGCACCCUUUACUGCAUCCUAUAGAAAUUUUGGGAUACAAGUAUGCGAACAACCUUAUUCGUAUUCAUGUUCUCACGAAGCAUGGAUAACAGAAUCCUUGAAUAGCUCAAGUUUAGAAAAACUGAAAUCGGUGCAAAUGAAGUACAUGAUUUAUAACUAUUGCACUGAUACUAAACGAUUUCCUCAAGGGGUUCCUAGUGAAUGCAAGUACACAUGAAAAAGCUGAUGAAAUGAUGGAGAAAUAAAGAGUGUAUGCAAAUAUCACAUAUUUCAAAUAUAAUUGAUGUAAAUAAAAUAUAAGGAUAGUGACACAUAAGUUUAUAUCAUCAAGUUAUUUUAAAUGAUACCGAUCACUCAUGUUGACUUAGAAGUCAUGAUCGUAGUAUGGUAUUGAUUAUAUUUGUGUUUAAAUUCAUCUGUUUACAAAUAAAAGAAAAAAAAAUCAAAACACAACCUCAAAUAUAUUUGUCACGACAAUUGCC